AUGACCUCAACCUUACAAAUAUCGUUUUCUAUCACUCGCAUAACCACCUCCUCGGCCAUAUUGCAUAUAGAUGGCAUCAACUUCCUCACAGACCCCGUCUUCUCUCCGGCCGGCAAAGAGUGGGAUAUGGGCCCAACCGUGCUCAAGAACACCAAAGGCCCGGCCCUAAAGCUCAAAGACCUCCCUGUUAUUGACUUCGUGCUUCUAAGUCAUGAAGAUCACCCGGAUAACUUGGACGACAUCGGUCGGCGCCAUCUUGACGACCGUAGGGUUCUCACGGCACAGGACGGAGCCCGGAAACUCGCGCCUCUAUUGGAGAAAUACCACGUCUCAGUUGCGAUCCUCAACGUUGGUGCAGUGGAGGUUGCGGUAUCAGACCCUCCUUUGCUGGUCACCAUGGAUGGGAAACAGGCUGCGCGGCUGUUCCGCGAGAUUGGAGCGGAUGUCCUGGUGCCAAUGUAUUACGAAUUCUGGGAACAAUUGGCGGAGAACGGAGACCGGCUGAGAGUGGUAUUUGAACAGGAAGAUGUUUCUGACCAGGUGCGCUGGCUGGAGCUAGGGGCUGAGACAAAGAUAUUUCAGUGA